CCCGCCCGCCCGCCCGCCCGCCCGCCCCGGCGCCGAGGAUGCUUCGCUGCAUGCCGCCGCUGUGGCGCUGCAACCGGCAGGUGGAGACGCUGGACCGGCGGCACUGCUCGCUGCAGGCCGUGCCCGACGACGUCUACCGCUACAGCCGCUCGCUGGAGGAGCUGCUGCUCGACUCCAACCAGCUCCGCGAGCUGCCCAAGCCUUUCUUCCGACUUCUGAACCUGCGCAGGCUGGGCCUGAGUGACAAUGAGAUCCAGCGCCUCCCUCCCGAAGUGGCCAAUUUCAUGCAGCUGGUGGAGCUGGACAUCUCCCGCAAUGACAUCCCGGAGAUUCCCGAGAGCAUCAAGUUCUGCAAGUCCCUGGAGAUUGCCGACUUCAGCGGAAACCCCUUGUCCAGGCUCCCCGAAGGCUUCACCCAGCUGCGCAACCUGGGCCACCUGGCCUUGAACGACGUCUCCUUGCAGAGCCUGCCCAGUGACGUUGGCAACUUGGCAAACCUGGUGACUUUGGAGCUUCGUGAGAAUCUGCUGAAGUGCCUCCCGGCAUCACUCUCCUUCCUUGUGAAAUUGGAGCAGCUGGACCUUGGGGGCAACGACCUUGAAGUGUUGCCAGAUACCCUGGGCGCCCUGCCAAACCUGCGUGAGCUCUGGCUGGACAGGAACCAGCUCUCCGGCCUGCCCCCUGAGCUGGGCAACCUCCGUCGGCUGGUCUGCCUGGACGUCUCCGAGAACAAGCUGGAGCAGCUGCCCGAUGAGAUUGGCGGCUUGGUGGUGCUGACGGACCUGCUUCUGUCACAGAACCUGCUGGAGGUGAUUCCCGAGGGCAUUGGCCAGCUGAAGCAGCUCUCCAUCCUGAAGGUUGACCAGAAUCGUCUGACGGAGGUGACCGAAGCCAUUGGGGACUGUGCCAACCUGUCGGAGCUCAUCCUCACCGAGAACCUGCUACAGACCCUCCCCAGGUCUCUGGGGAAACUCACCAAGCUGACCAACCUCAACGUGGACCGGAACCGCCUGAAGGUGCUCCCUGCAGAGAUUGGGGGCUGCAGCAGCCUGAACGUCCUCUCCCUUCGGGACAACCGCCUGGACUGGCUGCCCCCGGAGCUUGCUGGCACCGCUGAGCUGCACGUCCUGGAUGUAGCGGGCAACCGGCUGCAGCACUUGCCCUUCGCACUGACCAACCUGCACCUGAAGGCCCUCUGGCUGGCAGAGAACCAGUCGCAGCCCAUGCUCCGGUUCCAGACAGAGGAGGAUGAGAAGACGGGGGAGAAAGUGCUCACCUGCUACCUGCUGCCCCAGCAGCCACCUGCCAGCUCAGAGAACCUCCUGCAGAACAGCCUGGAGGAGAGCUGGGCCGAGGCCAACCCCAACCGGGUCAGUGUGAUCCAGUUUUUGGAGGACUCCCAAAUGGAGGAGGAGGAGGAGGAGGAGGAAGCUGGCACUGAGAAGAGGGGGCUGCAGCGCAGAGCCACUCCGCACCCCAGCGAGCUGAAGUCCAUGAAGAAGGGAAUGGAAGUGCGACGCAGUGAGGCCUCCGCGGCAGCUAAGCGGGACUCCCCUAACUCUGAGGGCAAGAGGCUGAGUGCCACCUCCAACCACAGCGAAGACUCUCACGUCUCUGGCAGCACCCUCUCUGCCAGCGGCAGCCUGGAGGAGGGGCGAGAGGCGCAGCAGGCCGAGGGCGCAGCCGCAGAGGCUCCACUGGAGGGAGGGAGGAAGCUGGUGGCCGAAGAAAAAGGCCAAGUGCCCCCGGAGGAGGUGGCCACGCAGGAGGAGACGGCCGAGGACCAGGAGGAGGAGCUGGAGUACUCGGAGCCCACGGUGCACUUCGCAGAGGACACCCUGGUUCGCAGUGAGGAUGAGGACGAGGAGGCACCCCCGAUCCCCGCAGGAAAGCAGCGGCUGAUCCGCAAGGACACACCCCACUACAAGAAGCACUUCCGGAUUGCUCAGCUGCCCCGCCCGGAGGCGGUGGUGGCCCUCCUGCAGGGCUUCGGGGCCAGUGGGAGCCCUCAGGAGGAGGAAGAGGAGAAGCCAGAGCAGGAGGAGGCCCCGGAGCAGGCGGGGUGGGGCCAGGAAGAGGCUGUCAGCGAGGGGGGCACAGCAGUUCCACCCUCGGUCAAGGGGGUGUCGUUUGAUCAAGCCAAUAAUCUGCUGAUUGAGCCCGCUCGCAUUGAGGAGGAAGAGCUGGCUCUGACGAUCGUGCGGGAGACGGGCGGCCUGGGCAUCAGCAUUGCAGGAGGCAAGGGCUCCACCCCUUACAAGGGAGACGAUGAGGGUGUCUUCAUCUCCCGUGUGUCGGAAGAGGGCCCAGCAGCACAGGCUGGGGUUCGUGUGGGGGACAAGCUCCUGGAGGUGAAUGGGGUGUCCCUGCACGGUGCUGAGCAUCACGUGGCGGUGGAAGCCCUCCGGGGCUCGGGCAGCAGUGUCUCCAUGACAGUGCUGCGGGAGCGGAUGGUGGAGCCUGAGAACGCCAUCACGGUGACGCCACUGCGGCCCGAAGAUGAUUACAGCCCGCGGGAAUGGCGUGGAGGGCUGCAAUUAGCCGUGGGGGCUAAAGACACCACCACGACCGAGCGCCUUUCGGCCUGCCUGGUGCGGAACGAGCGGGGCCUGGGCUUCAGCAUUGCCGGCGGCAAGGGCUCUACCCCAUACCGGCCAGGCGACAUGGGGAUUUUCAUCUCCCGGAUUGCAGACGGGGGGGCUGCCCACCGGGAAGGAACGUUGCAAGUGGGCGACAGGGUCAUCUUGAUCAAUGGGGUGGACAUGACGGAAGCUCGGCACGAUCAGGCUGUAGCACUGCUGACCGCCUCCCCACCCACCAUUGCUCUGCUGGUAGAAAGAGAGGCGGCACCACAAGAGAAGGACCUGCCCGUGGGGCCACGAGGGCCCCAGGCCCCCUCGCCUCCACCUCUGCCCCCCCAAGGAGAGGCCCUGCUGGAGGAGGCGGCACCAUCCCCCCCCAGGAGCCAGUUGCCCAAAGGCGCGGAGAGCCAGUACCCCACCGAGGAGGUCUGCCUGGUGAAGGCUGGGGGGGCCCUUGGCCUCAGCAUCGUGGGAGGCAGUGACCACUCCAGCCACCCCUUUGGCAUCCACGAGCCAGGAGUCUUCAUUUCAAAGGUCAUUCCGCACGGCCUGGCCUCCCGCAGUGGCCUGCGUGUGGGGGACCGGAUCCUAGAGGUGAAUGGCAUCAACCUGCGCCAGGCGACUCACCAGGAGGCCGUCAACGCUCUGCUCUCCGGAGACCCGGAGCUACGGAUGGUGGUUAGGCGAGACCCUCCGCCGCCUGGAAUGGAGGAGAUCUGCAUUGAAAAGAGGCCUGGGGAGAAACUGGGCAUCAGCAUCCGAGGCGGCGCCAAGGGCCAUGCGGGGAACCCCUUUGACCCCACAGACGAGGGGAUCUUCAUCUCCAAGGUCAGCUCCACCGGGGCAGCGGCCCGCGAUGGCCGGCUGAGGAUGGGCCUGCGCAUCCUGGAGGUGAACCAGCAGAGCCUGCUGGGCAUGACGCACGCGGAGGCGGUGCAGGUCCUGCGGGCCGUGGGGGACUGGCUGCUGGUGCUCGUUUGCGAGGGCUUUGACCCCAAAGCCAUGGCUGCCCUUGAGAUGUCUCCCGGAAUCAUCGCCAACCCUUUUGCGGCCGGAAUUGGGCGCAAGAACAGCCUGGAGAGCAUCUCGUCCAUUGACAGGGACCCCAGCCCAGAAGAGGCGGAUCUUCUUCAGAAGGGCGUGGUAGUGGGGGAAGCCGAGUCUGCCCAGCGGGAGCCUGCCGGCAGCCAGCAGUGCUCGGCCCCGUCCCAGCCUUUCUGCCUGGCGGGCAAAGAGACUCUUUUUACCAAGCCCGGGAGAAUUCAGCCAGUCUCUCGCCUCCGCCUGACCUCAGCCCUGGGCCCCACGGAGGGGCAGGGCAGCCCCAGCCCUUUGCAGCAGCCUGAGCUGGUCUCUAGCCCCAACGGCCUGCCUUGGCAGUCCGGACCCUUGUCGCAAUGCGAGGACCCCCCUCUCAGUGCCAAGCAGGUGUACAAGGCCUUGGCCGCCGUCCCAGGAUUGCAGCUCCCGUUGGAGACGGAGGAGCUGCCUGGCCAGAGGAGCCUUGAUCGGGUGCCGCCCGUCUCUUCCGAGAGCCCAUGGCCGGGCAGCCCACACAGCCCGGAGCAGCGCACCUUCCGCGAGAGGCAGAAGUACUUUGAACUGGAGCUGAAGCAGCCGCCUGCCGCCGGGAAGCCCCUGAAGCGAGUCUCUCUGGUCGGGGAGGAAGACCUGAAGAAGAUGAAGGAGGAAGAAGCAGCUCGGAAACUCCAACAGAAGCGAGUCCAGUUGCUGGAGGAGGAGGAGGAGGAGGAGGAGGAGGAGGCGCAUAGCCAGCCCCCCCCAGGCACGGGGUGCCCCUCCAGCAUCUUCAUCGAAGGCGUUGAGUACAGGGUGGAGAAGCAGAACGGGGGCAGUCUCCCCCCAACCGCCUGGAUGAGCCCCGUCUGCGCCAGAGGGGGGGAGCCGGGGGUGCCAGUCCGGACAGCCAAAGCCGAACGGCGGCAUCAGGAACGCCUGCGGGUGCAGAGCCCGGAGCUGCUGGCCAUCCCGGAGAAGGAGCUCUCCCCAGCCGAGCGCCGAGCCCUGGAAGCGGAGAAGCGGGCCAUGUGGCGAGCAGCACGAAUGAAGUCUCUGGAGCAGGAUGCCCUCAAGGCCCAGAUGGUGAUUGCCAAAUCCAGGGAGAACAAGAAGCGUGGCACGUUGGAGCAGCUGGCAGAGUCACCCUCCCCGGCCCCCACGCCUUCCCCCACGCCCUUGGAAGACGGUGCUUCCCGGGUCGCAGUUUCUCCAGGGCGGCUGUCUUUGCCUGAAAAGAAGUUCCUCUACAGGGAAUUUGCAGCCAUUCCUUCUUCCAAACCUGUAUAUGAAAUCCAGACUCCAGAUGCACGAGAAUCCUGCAAACGUCUUGGCAGCAUCGGCAGCAGCUCAGGGCGCCAGGACCAUGGUGGUGGGAGCCCAGAGCCCUUGGUGACCCACGGACCCUCUGCGGGCCAGGAGCUGGGGCUGUUUGGCGAGGAGCGCAACCUCCAGCAGGCCCAACACAGCUUAGAAGCCGCCGUCCCGACAUAACACGCCUGUCGUUGGAGACUGUACGGACACAGCCAGGCCAACGGGACGGAGUGGGGCGCUCGGCUGCUGGGCCUCCCGAUGGACCGUGGGGCUCUGGACCUCCUUGCAAUGCACUGGGACAGGUCGUGACGAAACUGAGGGAGAGCAUUGGGGGUGAGGGGAACCGAUGGGAUGUGGGGUCUGUAAAUAGUGGGUGGAGGAGGGCCACGAAACUGUUUCCACGUGGCAUCAGCUGUGGUCGUUGCUGGAGACGUACCGGUUGUUAGCCGACCAGCGGUGGGGCCCCCGUGCCUGUCCCCACCUUCCCUUAGGGUGCCCAGCACCACCUGCUGGCGGGGAGCGUUUUGGGCGCUGCUGUGCCAGGCAGGGUAGACAAGGGGGAAGCCGAGUAGGGGCCGGCUAGUGGCAUUAGGGGUGUGGCGAGGCAGGGGCUUGGAGUAGUGCGGGGGGAGGGGCCUGGCGGCCUCCGGUGAAGUCCCAGGAUUGCGACUGUGGCCCCCACCAGCCCAGCCGGUGCUUUGAGCCUGGCCGGUGGAGCUGCGGGGCCAUCUGGGAAAGGGGGGGGGCGGGGCGAGGGACUCUGCUGGCACCCACCGGGCAGGCUGCCAGCCUUCCACAGGACGGGGGCAUCGCUUAGGCCAAAUCGCCGAGAAAGGCUCGUUUGAACGGGAGGUUUGGCUUUAGGAGGGUAGCAUGGGAGGUCUGCGUCUCUCUUUCUCCAGCUACCAAGGUGGCUGCUUCGACAUCACCGGUUAGAGCUUUUUGUUUUUAAACUAAUUUUAGCAUUUGCUUUUAAGGAGCAACUGGGGAGUGAUCAGGCAGGGUUUCAGUGGCUAACUAACUUAUAGGUGCUGGGCUGUCAUCCAUCUCUAGUCCCCCGGGGUCGUCCGGGGGGGGGGGAGAUCAGGACUGUAACUAGUGACAUUUGUACAACCAAAGAAAUCUAUUUUGUGGUUCAAUGACAAUAAAGUUUACUUUACCUUUUAGA